AUGAUAUAUAACGAGAAACAUACCUUUGAGAAAGAAGUCAGAUGUUAUCAAAAUAAAAUUCCCGUAAGGAGGGACUUAUUUUUGAAGACUAUAUUCACUUUUUUCUUGCUAUACGUCCUCCAGAUUGCGUGGUCUGUAGUUCCACAAAUGGAGUCAUUCGAUUACAACGUGCUUUCUAAAGUGUCAAAAGACCCAUUAUACAAUCCGAUUGGUUUACCUACUAUAGAUCCAUCAGAAAAUCAUUUACAUAGAGGAAGCAAAGCAAUUUUAGCGUCUGAUGUUCCUAUAUGCUCUAAGCUUGGUAAGGAGAUUCUUUUGAAAGGUGGAAACGCGGCGGACGCAGCAGUGACAGUAGCGUUAUGCAUUGGUAGUAUAAACCUGCAAUCAUCAGGUAUUGGAGGUGGAGGCUACAUCGUAAGCUUGCUGAAGGAGCGGGGAGAAACAAUUAGUAUCGAUGCGAGAGAGAAAGCACCUGGCAGUGCUUUUCAAGAUAUGUACGCUUUGAACCCAAUACUUUCAAAAAUCGGAGGACUCGCCGUUGCUAUUCCAGGUGAAUUGAAAGGGUUGAACAAGCUUUAUAAUAGACACGGCUCUGGGAAUUUAACGUGGUACGAACUAUUUGAGCCGGUAAUUAAAUUGAAUCGUGAGGGCUUCAUUUGCAAUCGAAUAUUGGCUGGAGCACUCGACUUGGUAGAGAAGAGAGUCUUCAAUGCUGUUCCUCAAAUUCAACAGAACUGGGAUUUUGUUUACAAUAAACAUACUGGUAAAUUGAUAAAAGAAGGAGAUUUAAUCAAAAGAACUGCAUUGGCAGAUACUUUGGAAAUAAUUGCUAAAAAUGGCUCGUCCGAUCCAUUUUAUGAUCCAUCUGGCCCAAUAGUUAAAAAUCUCGUGCUGUCAGCAAAUAGUUUAGGCGGCCUUCUAAGGGCAGAAGACUUCAGUAAAUACGAAGUUGAUGUUGAGCACGCUUUAGAACUCAACUUUACAUUAAGCGACUCCCUGUACCGUGUCUACACCUCUAACGGCGCUUCGUCUGGUUUGGCAUUAUUGGCAGGCCUUAACUUCUUCCACAAGGUACAAAAUGAUACCAAUUCUGAUGUAUUAGAGACUCAUAAACUUAUUGAAAGUAUGAAAUGGAUGGCAUCUGCAAGGAGCUACUUUGGUGACUUUUCUCUCAACGAGCGAAAUCAAACAUACAGAGCAUCAUUAAUCGAAUUAUAUACGUCAGAAGAUUGGGCUAACAAGUUGAUUUCUUCAGGAAACUAUACUGAUUCUCACACAUUUCCAUGGCAACACUAUCAUCCGCAGUAUGAGCUUAAUGAACCUCAUGGCACUUCUCACUUUUCAAUUGUUGAUGAAAACGACAAUUCUAUUAGCAUGACUACAACAGUGAAUUUGUAUUUCGGGUCUAUGGUUUAUGAUAACAAGACUGGGGUAAUUUUGAAUAACCAAAUGGACGAUUUUUCAAUGCAUAAUGUGCCUAAUGCAUUUAAUCUCACGCCAUCGAUCCACAACUUCAUAGUACCUCAAAAGAGACCCUUAUCAUCGAUGUCACCUACCAUAAUCGAAUGCCUGGAUGAUGGCAGCAAUGUAUUCAAUCCAGUUUUAUUAAUAGGUGCCGCUGGUGGGUCGAGAAUAACUACAGCUGUGUUCCAAGCCAUUGUACGCACAUUAUUUAAAAAUAUGUCAGUUUUGGAUGCCAUCGCGUACCCCAGAAUCCACCAUCAGCUUAUGCCGGACUACGUAAUGGUUGAAAACUAUUCAGUUUUUGAACAAGAGCACGAGCUUUAUGGAACUACUAAUAUUCGUGACUUCAUGUCUAAAAAUCUUGGCCACCACUUCGCAGAGUCAGGCUCCCUCACUGCCAUGAACGCCAUAAAAAGAGUUCGCGAGGGCAGCGAAUACUUCUGGGAGGGUGUCAGUGAUUACUGGAGAAAACUAGGCGAAGCAGAUGGCUUCUAA